AAAAUAUCCCACAAAAACUUUCCUGCACUCAUUGUCCGUGUCUCACGUCAUGGAAAGAGUUGGGUUACUUCGGUGCUGAACGUAAAGGGAUAUACUCGCCGAAGAGCAGAGAAGAGACCGGGGCCCUGAACUCCAACCCUACAGGCGCGGGAGUGAAAACAGGACGAACAGGGCUCUCUGAGAGAGAAAAGCGGCGUUUUUGUUGGUAAAAUGAAGCGGGCUGGUGACGGAGGGAGGCUCGGGUCCCAGGGUGCCUUCACCAUGUCUGUGUGCCUUUGUGCUGCUGCUGCUGCUGAGAUAAUGUUUUGAUAUCACGCGUGUGUUUGGGAGGCGCAGAGCUUUGUGUUUUUCUCCUUCCUCCUCUGUGGCGACCAGUAAACACUCAGUACAGGAAUAUUCCCGCAGCACGCUCAUCGCUGCGAGCUGUAUUCGGUGUUUAAAUAGCCGAGCUGAGGAUUUGUGUUCGCCUGCUAGACUAGAAACAGGGGAGCUGGAUUUAGGCGGCCUUUGGAUUUGAAAGUUUCUUGCGAAGACUCCUAUUUAAGACCGAAUGCUGGAUCUGGACCUGUUACUAUAACUGGACCUUCACGCAUUGAGAAUGUGAGGACUUUGGCUUUGAAAUAUUAAAAUGUAGCACUCAGAUGAACUGAACUGUUUGAGAAGCAUUUGGAUCAGUUUGGUGAAUAGAAAUAGUAUUUUUUUUGUUCCACUCAAAAGCUAGAAUAGCUUACAGACUGUUACUGUUAUAUAAGCACAGGCUGUUUUCAUUAACAUUUAACACUGUAGGCUGCUGUGCCCUCGCCUUUGUAUCUCCACAUUAGACCCUUUUUGUUACAGGUCACCUGAUUGGCACCAAAGACAUAACCAGGCUGCCUGCUUUGGGGGUUGUGUCUUUGCAGGCAGGUUGGUUUGUGAACGGACUGCAUUUUCAACAGUGUUCAGCGGUAUGGAAGGGGACGCUUUUACAGCCAGUAAUCAAGUGAAGCUGUGAGUUCUGCUGUGUCUGCUUAGUUUUUGUUUACAGUCAUGAGAUGAGGUGAAUCACUAGAGAGACUAAAGGAAAUUGAUCUCGUGCCACGCUCUUUGUUUUCGUCUUGCUCUCUGGUAUCUGAAGAAGUUAAAAUGUCACUGAAAGCCAAAGCACUUUACACAUUCCAAAGUGAGAACAAGGAGGAGAUCAGCAUCCAGGAGAACGAGGAGCUGGUGAUUUUUGACGAGAACUCUGUAGACGGCUGGCUGCGGGGGGAGAACAGUCGUGGGGAGAGAGGCCUUUUCCCAGCCUCGUACGUGGAGAUCAUUCGGCCGCGUUCCAACUCAAACCUGACUGACUGCUCCCUCAGCCCUGCUGGUUCACCAGGCAAGGACUCGCCCUACUUCCUCCACUCCACCAGCUACGACGACGACGAUGAUGAUUGGGAUGACUGGGACGAUAGCUCUACGGUGGUCGAAGACGAAGACCCUCACAGAGCAGUGGGUGCGAACGGCCAUGCUCACCAAACCCCUUACCCCAACCCCAAUGUGCAUUACCGUGCCAAGCCCCACAUGGAGCGCCAGGACAGUAUCUCUAGCUCCAGGAAAGGCAGUAUGGUGGGCCGGAACCUCAACCGCUUCUCCAGUUUCGUGCGCUCAGGGGUGGAGGCGUUUGUACUUGGUGACGUGCCCAUGAUGGCCAAGAUAGCUGAGUCCUACUGCAUAGAAAUGGGCCCUCAGGGGCCUCAGUGGAAGGAGAGUCCUCAGCCCUUUUGCUGCUCCAUUGAGGACCCCACCAAACAGACCAAGUUCAAAGGCAUUAAGACGUACAUUUCCUAUCGAGUCACUCCCAGUCACACUGGCAGACCCGUGUAUCGCCGCUACAAGCACUUUGACUGGCUGUACAACCGCCUGCUGCACAAGUUCACUGUCAUCUCUGUGCCCCACUUGCCUGAGAAGCAGGCCACCGGGCGCUUCGAGGAAGACUUCAUCGAGAAGAGGAAGAGGCGGCUCAUCCUGUGGAUGAAUCACAUGACCAGUCACCCAGUGCUAUCUCAGUACGAGGGCUUUGAACAUUUCCUCAUGUGUGGCGAUGACAAGCAGUGGAAGCUGGGCAAGAGGCGGGCGGAGAAGGACGAGAUGGUAGGGGCUCAUUUCAUGCUCACCCUCCACAUCCCCAACGAGCAUCAGGAUCUGCAGGAUGUGGAGGAGCGCAUCGACUCCUUCAAGGCCUUCGCUAAGAAGAUGGACGACAGUGUGAUGCAGCUGACACACGUGACCUCCGAGCUCGUCCGCAAACAUCUCGGAGGCUUUCGCAAGGAGUUCCAGCGGCUAGGGAACGCGUUCCAGUCCAUCAGCCAGGCGUUCAUGCUGGACCCCCCAUGCAGCUCUGACACCCUGAACAAUGCCAUCUCGCACACCGGACGGACGUAUGAGAACAUUGGGGAGAUGUUUGCGGAGCAGCCCAAAUAUGACCUGUUCCACAUGCUGGACAAACUAUCGCUGUACCAGGGCUUGCUGUCCAAUUUCCCAGAUAUCAUUCAUUUACAGAAAGGUGCGUUUGCGAAGGUAAAGGAAUCACAACGUAUGAGUGACGAGGGGAAGAUGGAUCAGGAAGAGGCGGACGGCAUUCGGAAGCGCUGCAGGACAGUGGGCUUCGCGUUGCAGGCAGAGAUGAACCACUUCCACCACCGCAGGGAGGUGGACUUUAAAGAGAUGAUGCAGGCCUACCUCCGCCAGCAGAUCGCCUUCUACCAGCGUGUGGGCCAGCAGCUGGAGAGGACCCUCCACAUGUACGACAACCUCUAGAGUAUGAGCCAGCCAUUGGAAACAAUAUUAGCCUGCAGGAACAUCAUUAACCCGCGUGGAGAGCUUGUCCUGCUUGUACGCAGAGCCGCUUAAUCUCUCUAUAUCUUGAAGGUUUACAAAGAUGCCCCACACCUUAGAGACAACACAUGAAUUCAGUCAUUUCAAGUCAUUAGGUCGAUGGCUUUUACAGAGAUGGUUGGACUGAAUAUGUUGUGGACAUGAAUAUGGUCAGAUUUUUAGAGAAAAUCAGAGCACUAGCUCAUGCACUUAAAAAUGUCACUUUCUUGGCUGCCUUUCAUAGCCAACACACAGAAUUCCAGGGACUCGCACAGCUCACAUUGCCUUGAUGGAAAAAUAUCCUUGUAAUUGUAUCUAUCAUCUUAUAUUGUUAGAUAUUCCAUUUAAUUUAAGCAUAUUUGCUAAGUAAAGUAAGUCCUUAUGUCAUGUCAUAAUUUGUUCUUUUGACCAGUUGUGACCUCUCUGACUCAGGUUGAGUAGCUUUUCUUGAGCAAGGUCUCGAUGCAAGCCAUUAUCGUCCAUUAGUGACGUCUUUAUUGAUCAAGCUCUGCAGGUGCCAGAGCCACAUGAAUGAAAACUGUGCUCUCUUUCAGACUAAACAGAUCUAGAAUUAGCUUAGCCAAUGUCUGAUGAUUGGGACAUUUGCAAGUGCUUAAAAACUUUAAAUAAUACUAGAAGUUUACUUUUAUUAUCUUUUUUUUCCCCCCAGACAGCAGACUAACAUUUGGUUGCCUUGCCUAUUUCUGGCUACCAUGUCUACCAGUUAAAUAUGUCUUGGAACAUUCCAGUAGCACUAGCAUUUCAGUUAACCCAGUAUGGGAAAUAUUCUGAGAGCACAGCACCUCCAAAUUUCCGAAUAAAUAUUUAACAGCAAUACAUUUACAAAUGCUGACACUCCAAGAGAGAUUUUAUGAAUGCAGCCUGUAUUUGUUGGAAAGUUGAGAUUUUUGUUUUUGGAGCAUGACAAACACAAAAGGGACUCCCACCCAAUUACUUCUUUUUAAGAAGUACCUGAGGGGAAUGCCACUUUCAGUGGUAUGUUUUUUGGUCAACAGAUAAGAAUAGAUUAGGUUUUUUUUUUUUUUUCCCCCCACUUAGAAUUUAUUGGAGAGUGGAUAGGGUUAGUGUUCUUCUUAGUGCUAGAUGGUGUAGUUCUUCUGUUUUUCAGAAAUGUGAGUUCAUGAAUUCAUGUUUGACACAUUGCAAAAAACGUCAGAUUCAUGAAAAUGGUCAGUGAUUCAGGCUAGAGAUGAGGGUAGCUUUUGUAGUAUUUUUCUAUGUACAACUUUUAACAUCCAUGUCAUUUUUAUGAGUUUUGACACAAUUUACAAUUUACUGUCAUUUGCACAUUUCUGUACUGUUCUGACGAUGGUUGAGGAUCUCUGAACUUUUUGGUUUGAACAGAUCCCCUCACUCAAACACAAGAGCUAACAAGUUAACUUGUGCUCCUGUAAAAAGGAACACUUUUAACAGUGCAUCAAGAAUGCUACUGCUAAAAGAUUGAGGCUAUACAUUUAGAGUGCUUUCAUACCUACCUUGUUUGGUAAAGACCUGUCAAACCUUUUCUUUAGUGCAGUUCUUUUUGACACGUGUGAACAUCUGUACUCGGGUUUGCACCAGACAACUGAGCUGUGGUCCACCAAAAAUAACGCUUCCAGGCGAAGUCUGGUUUAGUUCCCCUGCGUUUGGGAAUGCGUUUUUAUGUUUGACAACACCAAAGUAGAGAAGUCCACAUCAGAACAUGCUUUCCUCUUUUUCUAGCAGCAUAUUAGCUCUGUACAUGUCUAUAGAAACCGUUUUAUCAUCUGACUUUUGAAAGACACUCAUAUCAUUCUUUCAGCACAAGCUGCUGAUGACAGAAAACAAGCAAUAAAAUAAUAGUCAAGUAAUGCAUUUGAUUUUGGCUCAUGGAUUGCAGAACAUAUGUUUGGCAUCAGCAACCUCAUUGGUUAACUGGCAAACCAGUCAUGAACCAGGUUUAAAUGAAGGCACAUGUAAAAGUAACAGAGCAACUAUUUGCAACUUUAGCUGUUGUUAAACCAACCGAGCCAAAUGGGAAAAAAAAUACAGUGAGGCAAAAACCCGAAUUUUGCUGCAAAAUUUAGGAAGAUGGGUGUGAAAACAGCUUUUUUAAAAUAACCAGUUUCACCAGUACCUAUUGUGGUGGCCAUGGUGCUGUGUCUACAGUUACUAUAAACAGAGCUGGUUUCCGCUUUCAUUUCAGGGUCUGAGUCCCUAUACAUGCUUUUUGUUAUGGAGACAGCAUGCUGGAUGACUGGUAAUGACCAAACUCUUAGCUAUGAAUGUUAACCAAUGAUUUUCCAUUCCAGUGUGUCAGUGAUCAUAGUCUCUUGUGUGAGAGGUAGCAAUCUUCAUAGAUAUGACGGUAAUGCAGUUUAAGCAUCAAAAUGCUCAUAGUAGUUAAUACAUUCUUUCAUGCAAAGAAUCAUCCAUUCAUGUAAUGUUCAGAUUUGCAUGGAGUUCUAGUUCCAAUAAGAAGUUCCAGCAUUUUGAUCCCAGCUGUUUAUUUGAUUUGCAGAGGAAUGACACGUACAGUAGUUAAUGGAAAGCAGUGCGAUCUGUUGGGGGAUUUCUUUACUGGCAAUCCAGGCAGAUAAACAAAUCCCUCUGGAAACCGAAGGCCAUGGAGUGGAGACAGGUCAUGAGUCAGCGCUGACUCUGUCCACUUGGCCAUUGCAUGCACAUUUUUUUAAUACAGCUGAUUUCAGGGUAAUGGAAAAGAGACCCCUCUCUUUUCAAGCUCUGCAAUUGCUGACAGACCAAAGUGUUACUAGUUGUAUCUUGACUCAAAUAAACAAAGAACUCUUCUUCCUUUUUGUACAGUUUGAGACAGGGUGUAGUUUGGCUCUUAUAAUGCUGAAGAUGGGACGGGUUGUGGAAAAGACUGAUUUAGAUGAGAGGCCAGAGAGAAGGAUAAAAGCCCAUAGGACUGACUGCAAUGGACUCCACUGCUUGCUGUUGAUUGACCUUGUAGAAAGAAAGACAGGAAUGUAUCAAAGCCACGUUAAGUAAGGGGGACCACAGGCUUCACACGGGUGAAUCGGACUCUGAAAGGACGUGUGAGUUUGUUUAGUAAAAUAUGUGUGAUUACUCUCUGUUAGGGGAAAGCUGGAAAAAAGAGCAUUGUUUUCCACUGCAGUCAUGCGCUGAAUGUCUUAAUAAAGAGAUAAUCCAAAAGUG